AUGAAGAUGCUGAUGUGUGACCGAGGCGUCCAGAUGCUCGUGACGACGGUGGGCGCGUUCGCCGCCUUCAGCCUCAUGACCAUCGCGGUGGGCACCGACUACUGGCUCUACUCACGAGGGGUCUGCCGCGUGAAGAGCAGCAAUGACAACGACACGAGCCGCAAGAACGAGGAGGUGAUGACGCACUCCGGCCUCUGGCGAACCUGCUGUCUGGAAGGUACAUUUCGAGGCGUGUGUAAGAAGAUUGAUCACUUUCCCGAGGACGCUGAUUACGAAGCAGAUGCCGCCGAAUACCUCCUCCGUGCAGUGCGGGCCUCCAGUAUCUUCCCCAUCAUGAGCGUGGGGCUGCUCUUCCUCGGGGGGCUCUGCGUGGCGGCCAGUGAGUUCUACCGAAGUCGGCACAACGUCAUUCUGAGCGCGGGCAUCUUCUUUGUCUCUGCUGGCCUGAGCAACAUUAUCGGAAUCAUAGUGUACAUCUCGGCUAACUCGGGCGACCCGGGCCAGAGCGACAGUAAGAAGUCCUACUCGUACGGCUGGUCCUUCUACUUCGGCGCUCUGUCCUUCAUCAUGGCCGAGAUGGUGGGGGUCCUGGCCGUCCACAUGUUCAUCGAGAAGCACCGCAAACUACGCGCCAAGUCCCGCACGGAGCUCAUCAAGAAGUCCGCCUUCAGCCGCAUCCCCUCCUACCGCUACCGCUUCCGCCGCCGCUCCAGCGUGCGCUCCUCCGAGGCCCCCAGCCGAGACGCGUCGCCGCUGGGUAAGGGCGGCUACACGGGCCCCGCCGCCUCCGACCUGCCCAUGUACACCCUCAACCCACGGGAGCCGGGCAACGCGGGCACCAAAGCGGGCGGGAUGGGCGGCUUGCUGAAUUCGGAGAGGGAGUUUCUUCAAAGCAGCACGCUCACGAAAGACUACAGCAAAGACCCCAACCGCCGGACCACCCCCGUGUGA